AGGAGUCCAAAGUGUUUUUUUAUGACCAGAAAAGGCCUUUCUUGUUACACUAUAAAAACCAACUCGUUUUCUCAAAGUUUUUAAAUCAAGCAAAUACUCAUAACUUAUUUCUCUUUUUUUAUUAUUUUUUUAUUGGCGUUAUUUGUGCUUUCUUUCUCAAGUCAAACAUGACUAUCCUCGUUGCCCAAACUGAGCAUGGAGCAGAAGUGGAGAACAAGAAGGCAAGCUCUGAUGCUGAGGAAUUGCUUCUUGAGGGUGGAUUUGUUGUGCCAAAAAAUGUCUCAAAUGAUGGAUUUGUUUUCCCUGACAACAAUGCAUUUGGAAACUCAUUCAGGGAUUAUAGUGCUGAGACUGAAAGGAAAAAGAUCGUAAAUGAACUCUAUCGCCAGAGCCACAUUAACCAAACAUUUGAUUUUGUGAAAAAGAUGAGGGAAAAUUAUGGAAAGUUGAAUAGAGUGGAGAUGAGCAUAUGGGAAUGUUGUGAACUUCUGAAUGAAGUUGUGGAUGAUAGUGAUCCUGAUUUGGAUGAACCUCAAAUUGAGCAUUUGUUGCAAACUGCUGAAGCUAUUAGGAAGGAUUAUCCUAAUGAAGAUUGGUUGCACUUGACUGGCCUUAUUAAUGAUCUUGGCAAAGUUCUUCUGCUUCCUAGCUUUGGAGGGCUUCCUCAGUGGGCUGUUGUUGGUGAUACAUUCCCCCUUGGCUGUGCUUUUGAUGAAUCAAUUGUGCUUUAUGAGCAAUUGAAGGAAAAUCCUGAUUACCAUCAUCCAUCUUACAACACAAAAUAUGGAGUUUAUUCUGAAGGAUGUGGGCUUGAUAAUGUGGUGAUGUCUUGGGGACAUGAUGACUACAUGUACUUGGUGGCUAAGGAAAACAAAACUACUCUUCCAUCUGCUGCAUUGUUCAUCAUUCGCUACCAUUCCUUCUAUCCUAUGCACAAGUCAGGGGCAUAUACACACUUGAUGAAUGAGGAGGAUCAUGAAAACCUGAAGUGGCUUCAUAUCUUCAACCAAUAUGAUCUGUAUAGCAAAAGCAAAGUUAGGAUUGAUGUGGAGAAAGUGAAACCUUACUACAUGUCUCUCGUUGAGAAGUAUUUCCCUGCCAAGUUGAAAUGGUGAAAUCUUCCAAUCAGAGAAGCUAUGAAAUAAGAUUUAGGAACUGGCUAUGGAAUUUUAUUUGUGCAUGUUGUUGUUUUCCUUUUUCUUUUUCUUUUUCUUUGUAGUUGAGGUGGGGGUGGGGUAUGUGCUUCCUAGUAUGAGAGUCAUU